UUACACCCGUUUCAUUCAAUAAUUUCACCCAUUACCGAGGCCGAGUGUUGAGAGAAGGAGAACCCAAGUGGCAGCCACCACCGACCAACUGCUAAUUGGGCUUUUCCGAUUUUAUCCAAAUUUUUCCUGUAUUUAUAUUUCGGUCCCUGUAAAAUACCAAUAUUUCUCCCUAUUACUACCAUUUUUCGUUGCUCAUAAUAAUAAGCCCACACCCCACCAGAUGUACGUCAUUUCUUUCCAAUCCCACCUACCUAUUCCUUUUGCCACACCAGGAGAUCUGUCGGCAGCUCUCUUCACUGUCUUCUCUGGUAAGUAUCAACUUUUGCCGGGAGAAAGAUUUGAGAGUCCCGGUUUGUACAUAUGGAUUGCGGAAUUGGUGAAUCAAUGGAUGCCUCUUACUCAUCAGAAGAUGUAGUGUGUGAUACAGGAAACUUUGAAUGCAACAUCUGUCUUGAAUUAGCACAAGAACCGAUUGUGACCCUCUGCGGUCACCUUUACUGUUGGCCUUGCCUUUACCAAUGGCUUCAACUCCAUUCUCAUUCUCAUGAGUGCCCUGUUUGUAAGGCUAUCGUACAGGAGGAGAAGUUAAUUCCUAUAUAUGGGAGAGGUAAAACAAAUAGUGACCCAAGAUCGCGCCCAAUGCCAGGUGUCACCAUUCCAAAUAGACCAGUGGGGCAGAGACCCCAAACUGCUCCACGCGUGGAAAUGAAUUUUAAUCGACCAAAUGAGUUUGAUCCUAUGACAGGGUUCAUGCCAAUGGCGGCUGCAAGGUUCGGUCACCUCACCCUGUCUACUCUAUUUGGUGCCCUACCAGCCAUUUUUAACCUUCAGGUUCAUGGAUUUCAUGAUGCUACUGUAUAUGGAGCAACUUCUGGAGUCCCAUACUUGUUCCCUAGUUCCUUUCAUGGAGGUUAUGUUCACGGUUUUCAUCACUAUCAUUCAGCUCCAAUAGAAUGGAAACCAAUUGUCUGGAAGAUUAUAUUCGUACUUCUUGGUCUUCUUAUACUCUUGCAUCUAAUCCUUUCAUGAAGUUGAUAAUGGGGUAGGAUUUCUAAGUAAUGCAAACUGUAUAUUUUAGUUCAGUAGGCUUCCACUUGUGUGUCACGACUAUAUAUGCUAGAUAAAUUUUUGGUGAUCAAGGACUAGAUUCCUGGGGCACCAAUACCCUCAUCAAUUUUCUUACUGAAUAAAUCGAAUGCAGAUUUUCAUGUAUCUGUAGGUUGGUUUGUAAUUAUCUUGCCCAAAGACAAUGUACUAGUGUAACUUAAUGUAUUUCGAGUUGUUACUUCCACUA